GGUAGCGUGAUCCCAGAAACCCGGAACUGGUUGCUAGGCAAAUGUAAACAGUAGUUCUACUGUAUGGCCUCUGACGACAACCAAAGCCUAAGUAACACCAGUCUUCCCAACAAUCGAAGCUGAACCCUUUGAAAGCUGCACUAUGUCUCAGACAUUCACGAGACAGUCGAUAUCACGUGUAACCACACCAGGACAGUACAGCACAAGCAAAGGGACAUUUCUCCAUGAGCGGGGACCUCGCAACCCGGUUCCCACAGACAACUACUUCAGUGGUGACGGAAAAUCCUACACGUAUCAGGGGCCAGCGUAUUACGUGCCAUCUGAACUGCGCUGGAUCAGUUAUCACGAAUACAGGUCGUUGCCCCUGGAAACACGGAGAGAUGCCAUUCUGUUUGAAUCGGAAGAUGACUGGGUAGCAUUCCUGAGAAAACGAGACAAAGCAAAACAACCACCAGUUUUCAGUAUGAAGGGGCUGCGCACUACCACUGGGAUACCGGUGGCUCAGGCUCUUCCAUAUCAGGAGAGUGGCUGGCUGCGGCACUGGAGUGGUCCCGGCUUCUACGUCUCCCCCAGGGACAAGUGGAUGCAUGAACAUGUGACGUGUGGAAUACCAAUGGAUUCGUAUUUAUUCUAUAAUGAAGAAGACUGGCUCAAGUUCAAGUAUCAGGUGGAGAAUCCACAGAUGCCAACAACCAGCUUUGAUUGUCAGUAGUUCUUCUACCACUGGGGUCCUAAUGCAUAUGUUUCAGAACUUUAGCAGUUAUUAUUGUAUGUACCUGUAUAUAUUAUAUUAGAAAAAAACAUUGUCUUUACCUAUAGAACAUUUUGAUGCUAGGAUCAGACUGUCAACUGUUACAAUGAAGUUGGCCAACUCAAACCAUUGCAUUGUAAUUUUCCCAACUCCCAACUUACGACAGGUGCACUCAGAUUAACAACUAAUCAGUCGUAGGAGUUGUAUACAACGAAGAUUGAAUCGUCAGAGUGCUUAGACUAGCAAAUAGACAGUCAUAAAAAUCAUGAGAACAGAAAGUUGGUCAAUAUUGUUGUGGCAGUUGGUAGUCUGAGCCUAGCAUGAAGGACUACAGUGUAUUUUUAGCUUUAAUAUUAUACUAUCAGCAUUUUUAUAAAGAAUAUCAGUAUUAAUACAGGGCGUGGUAGAAAUUAUUGCUAUGGUAAUAUUCUUUAUACAUAUAUUUUACUGUACAGUACAUGUUUAGCUUUAAUAUUAUACUAUCAGCAUUUGGUAAAAAAAUAACAGUAUUAGUAUUUAUUAACAAUCGUACCAGGGCAUGAUUGGAAUUUCAUGUAAAAAAAAUUGUUUAGUGUGCACGUGUGUACUGGUUAAAAGUAAAUCAGUUUUUAAACGAUGGGUCUAACAAACGGGAUAUCACAUACACUGCUAGUUUGUCAAAUUAAAAGUGGUAAUUAAAAAUCAUUAUUUGUGAAAUACAAAUCAUGGUGUAAUUCACAAAACUCUUGGAUCUUUGUGAUUUCACUGUGCAAUACAAAAACACUUUGCAAAGAUGGUGUGAUGUUGUUAAGAGAGUUUAAGAGAGCUUUGUGAAUUAUUCCCCAUGUGUUUAUUUUAAAACACCACUGUAUGUAAAACUCUACAUCCUGUAUUAUUGUGUAACAUGUAAUAGUAAACAAUAAUGAGUAAGUAGGUAAUAUAUAUAAUUGUUUGUUUAUCUUUGUAAAAAAUAAUGUAUUCAGAAUUCUAGAUUUGCAUCAUGUUAAAAAAAUUGUGUCUUUAAAAAGCAUUAUAUUUGCGAAUCUUGCCCGUUCAAUUCUAUAUUUAUUAUCAUGUGUAGGUUAUACAAUGAGACACAUUGGAAUCCCUCUAAUUGUAAAUAACAUUUAGUUCUUAACUUAUUUUAAUGAAGUUAUAAUACGUAAUUAUUGCUCAAAGCUAAUAUCAUUGUUUUCUGUGGUAAAAAACAAAUGAUUUUCUCAGACAUUAUAAAUUUACCCAAAAAACAAAUUAAUUAAUAAUUUUAAUUAAAUCAAUUUUGAAAUCAUUUUCCUUUGAUAUUAGAGUCAAACCUGUUCUUGCAGUCAUUUGUAAUUAGCAGACGCCUGCCUUAGGCAGCCAUUUUUCCCCCCUUCCAAACAAUUUUUAAUGUAAAUGCGCUCAUAAUAAGCAAUCAUCUGACUAACAGGGACAACAGCCACCUAAAUUGGGUCCCAAAUCAGUAACAUACCUGUAGGCCUAUUACAGUUAGCCAUCACAGUAAAUGUUUAUUGUUGUAUAAAAAAUGCUAUUUUAAACAACAGCGGCAAGAUGCAUUAAAGGAACAUACCCUAGUUUUUAAACACUAAGGCAUAUUUUUCACUAUUAGAGCCAUUUAUGA